CUCUCUCUCUCUCUUUCUCUCCGGACGUCGCCGUCCUCUCCUCCUCGCCGCUCGCCGGCGGCCGGCCUCCUCCAAACCAAGCCAAAUGCCAUCUCCAUCUCUCCUCCUCCUCCACCACCACCGCCUCUCCCCACGCCUCGCUCCCUCUCGCUCUCGCUCCCCAUCCCCCAAAACCCUACCGCUGCCCCCCGCUCCUUGCCUCCUCCCUCCCCGCCGCCUCCGCGCCCGCCCCACGCCUUGCGCCACCACCAGCUCCCGUGGCGCCGGGGCACCCACGCCGGGCCAUGACGCCUCCCGGACCAUAAUCCCCAUAGCGCGGUGCUACGAGGCUGCCCUCGCGCGUCUCGAGCUCUCCGGAGCCGCGCGGCGGGAGCAGGCUGUCGCGGCGGCCGCGGCGGCCGAUGGCGGCGCGGCUGCGGAGGCUCACCUCGCCGCUGGUGCGGACGCCAUGGUCAUGGAGGCCUUCCUCCCUGGACCCGACGGUGCCCGACGCAGCGCCAUGUCCACACGACUGAUUCUGCAAGCAAAUGAAGUUACAGAGAAGGCCAGUAAGAUAAAGAAGGACUUUGGCGCUGAAUUUUUCUCUGAAAAUGAACCUGAUUCAGAGAGUAUUUUGGCAAUGGCCUUUAAGCAAGUUGUAAUAGAUCGUCUCACAAACUUUCAGCUUGAAGUCUUCUCCCCAGGUUCAGAGAUAGAUCUCCAAGAUUUGAGCAAACCUCGAAAGCAGGUGUCAGCGGAUUUUAGUAUCAGAUCAUCAGAUGAAAAACUUCUAUCUGCUCUUGCGGAAGCCAUUUUCUCCUGUGUUAUUGAGGAUGCCAGAAAGGAUUACCUAGGGAGCACUGGAAAUUUGUUUCAUAAGUGGAAGUUGAACUGCUCAUUGGAUUCCUCAGUUUGCAUACACAGAAUUUCUGAGGCAGAAGUAGCCAAUAGCGCUAGGAGAUGCUUAGAGAGUUUUGAUCUUGCACAAUCUUCUCAUGUAGCAGGUAAAGCAAAGAAUGGAUGGUGGCCAGCUCUGAAAUUCGAUAGGCUGGCAAAGAUCGGUGGCCCUGAUUUUAUGUUUUGGGCCAGUGAGUUUGUGUGCGCAUAUAAACUACAGAUAGAUGCCAAAGCAUUCAAGAAUACAGAGCUUCGAGGUCAUCAUGAGUUAGCAAAUAAUAAGUGGGAAGUUCUCUUGGCCCACUCCCAAAUGGUGGAGCUAGCAAAUAUUCUGGACAUGUAUUUUGAAGAUCAGUUCACAUUACCUGGAAAAAUCUUCUAUUCCAACUGGAAUUCAGAACCAUCAGAGAUUGAAAAGAACAAUGGUUACUUGAACUACCUUUUUGCUUUGUUUGCUGGUAGCUGUAUUGUUCUUUUUGUUGGCAUCGUUGCUCAGUUAUGCUGGCCUCAGUCUCUUAAAGAUAAAAGGCUGGCCAUUGGUAGUUCAUGUGCCUCAUCAUCACAGAGCUAUUGUUCAGAUAUCCACUCUCUGGAUAGUAGUGAGUUAAAGGCUUACUGUGUGUCUGUUGUUGAGAAAAUGAGAGACUCCUUUGGUUGCCCUGGUGAUAUAAUGGUUGAUGCAAAUAUUGGUGCUUGGGUUGGAGAACUGCCUGACUUCUUGAAGGGUAUCAACUGUCACAGCCAUGCUGCUUCUGUUGAUAUUCAGAGUACUGGUUCUAUCAUCCAGGAAGACCAAUCCUCAUCAGUGUCAACUCCUAUUAAGAUGUCUUCUCACCUGGAACAAAAUGAUGACACUCAAGAAACUCUGCAGAAUAUUGCUAGUUUUCAGGUGGUCAUGUCAGAAAGAGGUAAAAUAGUGGGAUUUCAGCCAACAAGCCGCCUAGCUGUGAACCAUUGGGCAACAAAUCCGUUAACAAAGCUCCUGUAUGAGGGGCGAAAGAUCUCUCCAGCCUUUCUGGAGCCUAGGAUUAGAAUUUCUCGCCCAGCUAAGGUUAUCCCAGUUGAGUUGCUGAUGUCGGUGAAUCCAGAAUCCUUUUUCGCUCUGGCAAGGCCCGUUCAAAAUCCAUGCUAAUGGAGCAGCACGAUGCCAAAUUGUACUACGGUUUCAUGUUGAUAUGCUGUCUGUUCUGCUCGUGUUGGAGUUUAUCAUCGGUUUCCUGAAUUUCUGUCUCUGAAUUCUCAGGUUAUGUUUCUGACUUACCGAUCUCCUGGCAGUGGUCUCGUCAUACCCAGAACCUGCUGAUGCAAAACUCACACCCCUCCUCAG